CUCGGUUAAGGGUGGGGUGGGGCGGGGCGGGGGAUUAUUCGGUCGGAAUAUCAUUUGUUCACAUUAAAGCACUGGCGAAAGGAUUAAAAUUAGCAUAAUUAAUUCGUGGGAUUUCCCAGUCGCGCUCUCCGCCCGCCCGCGUUAUUAAUCGACUAAUAAUGCCCGCCCAGUCUUUUUUUGGCCCGAAGACACCAGAAGGAACCUUGGAGCCCUGGACAACCCUCCGAUGGUGCGGCCAAACCACACGAAAACACCACUGGCCCACAGAGCAACCUCCUCAUAGCUCGCGGGACCCGGAAUCGCACUGGUAAUGGCCCUCGCAGGAGCCAGUCCCGGCAGGAGCUCCGCAGCUUAAUGCUUCCGGCCGGGGGAACGGCACUGGGCUCUGUCCGGAUGUGCUUGGUGGUCUUUAAUGCGUUCACCCCAGACCCCAAGCUGCAGUCCCAUCCUGUCGCACAUCCCACGUCCCACAUCCCUGGACGGUUGAUGUCUUUACUUCGGCCUCGGCUUUGGGUUGCUUUGAGGAAAAUGAUGUUUACUCUGCUGACACGCUCGUCUAAUUCCGUCCGCAUCCCUCGAACACACACACACUCUGGGGCUCUGGGGCUCUGGGACUCCCCGGACUCCCCGGAGCCCCGCCACACGCAUGGAAUGGAAGGUGGCGCCCAGAGCCACAUUCGCAAAUAAACGAAUCUUUGGCGAAUGUUUCCGCAUUUCCCCGGCACCACCUUUGAGAUGUUCGAUGAGUCUCUCCUUCGGCUAGACAAAUAUUGAGUACAGCUCCUUGGAAGCUGGAACUACUCCCUGCCCAGGCAAGGAGGAGCCCCGCCCAGGGUACGUGGUACGUAUAAUCACGGAGCAGGACAAACAUCCUCAAUGUGUGUUUAAAAUGCAGCGCAAGGAUGCGUCUGAGGAAUGUUUCCUGCUCGCGUUAGAGGACUUCUGCAGUCGGCCUCCCAAGGGACUUCCCAGCAAACACGAAGAUAACUUAAUGGCUUAUUUCUGACGAUUUCGGGGGCCUCAAUCCAGGAGUCCAGGAGGACUACGUUGCACACAAGUCCUGUCUGAGUAUCUGCGCUUUCGGCGCCUUCAAAACUCGAAUGUGCCUCAGUUUUAACGAAUCGGUAAUCGCAUUAAUGUUCUCAGACGCACUACAGCCCGAGGACAGUCUCCAAGAACAGAGGGUUCCCCGGACAUCCAUUGACAGACCUUCGCAGACUUCCACCGAACCCAGACCCUGACCUGACCCGGCCCGACCCGAACCGACCCGACCAUCGACAUUGAAAUGCAAAUUUAAUGUAAAUGUUUUAAACUAAUUUUCAGUGAUUAUGCAAAACCGCAAAUAAAUCUGCAGCAGUGGAGCCCCAGUUGCUCAGUCGAAGCCGGGCAUAUCCGAGGAUGCUGCUACCGUAGAUGCCACAAGGAGUGGCAGCAGCAACAACGGAACGCACCGAAACCACAGCAGGAGCCAGCUCGGUGCGUGCCCCAAAAGCCCCGGAGCCAUGGGGCAUGGGGGAAUGUGGUGCUUUGUGGCAAAAACUUUGCCUGGAAAUCUGCUCGGUUUUCGAUCAUCUGCUCCCGCUUCAGUCCUUCUGCAGCCCAGGUCCAGGUCCAGGUCCAGGUCCGGGUCCGGGUCCAGGCCCUGGCUCUGCCACGUCCGGAUGUGCCGGGGCAAGUUGGUUGCAACAAAAUAAUUUCGCUGGCUCGUUUGUCAAACUAAUGGCAGGAAUUUGAGCAAUUUAAGCAACAAAGGUUAAACAAUGAAUUUCCUGUGCUCCAAUAUUGAAUUUUGCUGGCCCCCAAUGACCCCGGGCGUCCGUGUGAUGUCAUCAUCGUACCACCCACUGCUCCUCGGCUCCUCGGCUCCUCGGCUCCACUCGCCAUGUCCCAGGCCCUCGCUCUCGGUUGACUAAGCUGGAGCCUGGCUCCGACAGCCGACAGCCGACAGCCGACGGCCGACGGCCGACAGCUGGUGCCGGACUCACACGCUCCAUUAGCGCGACCAAAAUUCGAUGGCAUCUUUUGUGGACUCGGCCCCGGAUUGGGCCAGAUGACGCCUCCGGGCUUUUGCUUUGCCGCUGCCUCCGUCGCAGCGAGCGGAGGGCUGCCCUAAUGAAAUAAUUGAAGUAAAUGCCUUUCGCACCAGCGAUUUCCUCCGUUUCCAUUGCCAUUUCCAUCCAGCGCCGCUCAUCCGUGGCGUGGCCGCCGCACUUCCCGGCGGUUUGCAUAAUGAGCAUAAUCCCUGCACGGCCACGCCUGUCCCCGGGGGCUGUCCGUCAAACCGUCACCGUCCACCGUCGACGGUUUGUCAAAGUAAUUGGCCAAUUUGCGGGACGCAUUGGGAGCCGCUUUCGAGCUCCACGAUUAUGAGCAUUAUGAGCAAUUACCCAAUGAAUUUUCACUUUCCACCCGAAACUGCAGCUGAUGGGACCCGCCGAUGAGCCCCUGGACUCGGUGAGGAAUCAAUGGUGAAAGCAAUAGUGCAGGCAGGUGAUCGAUUCCCAAUGUACAGCAUUUCCAUUACCCAGAGGUCUAUUAAAUGCCUGUCAAUUUCAGCUAAUGAACUAGGAACCUGGCCUACAGGCCUACAGGCCUACGACCUCCGCUCGAGUCCGCCAUACUGGGUCUGCUGCUCGAAGGACCAACAACAGACGACGGACGGAAUGAAAAUCCUGGACGACAUCAGGGCCAUGGCCCUGCCCACGCAGGUGUGCGGCCUGCUGCCCUUCUUCAGCGGCGAGAAUGAGGAGAACUUUCGGCUGGGCAGAUGGGGCCGGUGGUACGGCCGGGGGGUGGCCGCCCUGCUGCUGGUCAGCUCGGCGCUGCUGUGCCAGGACGUGCUGUUCGCCUCGCAGGAGUACAGGCUGGUGGCCAGCUCCCUGGGCGACACCGAGGAGAUCAAUCGCACCAUCGAGACGCUCUUCUGCAUCUGCAGCUACACGAUGAUGGUGCUCUCCAGCGUGCACAACGGGUCCAAGCACUGGGGCACCCUGCGGGACGUGGCCAGGAUCGACGAGUACCUGGAGGCGAACGGCUUCAGGGAGAGCUACAGCUGCCGCCUGCCGGGGGCCCUGGUGGCCGCGACCUCGACGAGCGUGGUGCUGGUGGCCUUCUACUACGUCCACUUCCUGAGCGGCAUCGGGGCCAGGCGGCAGUGCGUCCUGAUGCUGGUCUACAGCCUGCAGAUGCUCUACUCGGGCGUGUUCGCCGUCUAUCUGCGCACCGUCCUCAAGAGCCUGGCCCUGCGCAUCGAGUUCCUCAACCGGCGGCUGGACGAGUUCACGCGCCAGGAGGGCCCCGGCGGGCGGAGGAGCGACCGCGAGAACUGGCGCGAGCUGAGCAACCUGAUCGAGGUGUUCUGCAAGCUGCGCUACAUCACGGAGAACAUGAACUCCGUGGCCGGCGUGGGGCUGCUGUUCUUCUUCGGCUUCGCCUUCUACACGGUCACGAACCAGAGCUACCUGGCCUUCUCCACGCUGACCGCCAGGUCGUCCAGCGAGCACCCGGACUUGGCCGACACCAUGGGCCUGUCCUGCGCCUGGGUCCUGGCCGAGGCCGUAACCAUGGCCGUCAUCUGCAGCUCCUGCGACUGCCUGGCCUCGGCGGCCAACACCACGUCCCAGAUCCUGGCCCGCGUCUACGGCAAGAGCAAGGAGUUCCAGAACAUCAUCGACAAGUUCCUCACCAAAAGCAUCAAGCAGGAGGUGCAGUUCACGGCCUACGGCUUCUUCGCCAUCGACAACUCAACGCUCUUCAAGAUCUUCUCGGCCGUCACCACGUAUCUGGUCAUCUUGGUGCAGUUCAAGCAGCUGGAGGACUCCAAGGUGGAGGAGGUUGAGGUGUGAAUCAAUAAAGAAAAUAAGCGAGAGCUGCUAUUUCUGGUGCCAGCUCC